AUGAAAGUUCUUGAAGAAAUACUAUUCUAUCUCCGGAGCAGUUGGGCACCGCUCAUCUCUGUCCUCCUCCUAGCGAGGCUACUCUUUAACAAAUACGGCAGGAGGCUCAACUCCAUUCCUGGUCCCUUUCUCGCCGGCUUCACCGACUUGUGGCGCUUUUUCAACACCACGUUCUCAACUGCACACAAUACCCAUAUACGGCUGCAUCGAAAGACGAAUUCGCAAUUUGUCCGCAUAGGACCACGAACUAUUUCAAUCUCGGAUACAAGAUUGAUACCAACGAUUUAUGGAGCCCAUACAGACUUCACCAAGAGCCAGUACUAUACGCUAUCUAUGAUGCCUUUGUAUGGCAAGUACACUCCAAGUCUGUUUACUGCGCUUGACGAGAAUUGUCAUGCGUCAAUCAAGAAGCCGAUUGCGACCGCGUACAGCAUGUCGACCAUCGUUGAGUUUGAGCCGCUAGUAGACUCGACAACGUCACUGUUGAUGUCCAAGUUGGAUGACUUCGCAAUCUCUGGAGACUCCUUCGACUUUGGUGUUUGGUUGCAGAUGUAUGCCUUCGAUGUUAUCCAGAAACUGGGGUUCUUAGAGACAGGCACCGAUGUGCAAGGAAUUAUGACAGACAUCAGGACCAAGAUAUCAUACGCUGCAUGUGUACGCAACAAUGCCCGAGCAUCCCCUGACUCGAUCGUUGAGCUGAUCCCUACUGGCUGUUUAGUUCCGACCCACCCGAUCGUGACCUUUACGUUGGACAGGAUGGAAGAACGAGCUGCGAUGAAGGAUCAUGGGGCCGGUCGCAAGCGCGAUUUCUUGACAAGAUGCCUUGAGGCGCAGCGCAAAUACCCUCACAUUGUUACGGACCGGAUGAUCGUGAUCUACAAUGGAGACAAUGUCGCUGCAGGCAGCGAUACAACUGGGAUUGCAUUACGGGCGAUCUUCUACUACGUCCUGAAGACACCGGGAUGCAUAGAGAAGGUGGUCGAGGAGCUCGACCAAGCAGACAAAGAUGGCCAGCUCAGCGACUUUGUCACUUGGCGGGAGUCCAACAAGUUGCCGUAUCUUCAGGCAUGCAUCAAGGAAGCGCUUCGCAUGCAUCCAGUGGUCGGCUUGAUCAUCGAAAGAUGCGUACCGAAGGAUGGGGUUGUGCUGGGAGGACACUACUUACCUGGAGGCACUAUCGUUGGAAUGAAUCCUUGGGUCACAGCGCGAGAUAAAGGCGUAUACGGAGCGGACGCGGACGCGUUCAGACCCGAGCGAUGGCUCGAAGCGUCGGAGGAGCAACUUGUCGCUAUGGAAAGGGCAAACCUCACGUUCGGUCAUGGAAAACGAUCUUGUGUCGGCAAAAAUAUUUCGAUGCUCGAAAUAUGCAAGGUGGUCCCUCAACUGCUGAGACAUUAUAAAUUGUCAUUCGUGCGACCAAACCAGGAGUGGAAAGUUCGGGGUGGAUGGUUUGUUUGGCAGGACGAGUUUGAAGUGUACAUAACCAGACGAACAGACAAGGUGGUUUCGUGA